AUGACGCCGACACCAGCCCUCCUUCGCCACGCCCUCCUGCUCGGGGCGCUCCUCUCCACUCCGCGACCGACACUCCAAGACAGCUCUGGGCCUAGCAUCAACGACGACGCAGUCUGCAAAUGGAAUCUCCGCAGCGGAGGCGCCUUCCCGCGCCUCCUUCCGAUCCGCGACUCCUGCCCUAAGCCCAUCGACACGCGCCGCAGUGGUAGCCAUGACGCAUCUCGGUCUCGGUUCUACCCAUGGUCAUACAAGCCGUAUUGUCUCCGGCCGGCCGACGUGCCCAAGGGCAGCUCGCCGAAGCUAUGCGUCUACACCUCGACACACUUCCGCGGCGGCCACGGCCUGUCCCUGCUCACGACGCCCGACCUCGCGGCCAGCCUGGCUGACUCGCUCGACGACUCCCUGGUCGACGCCAAGCUGCGUGACCACCCGGGCAGCUCGAUGGCGGCACCCGCUGUCCGGACGCACAGGUCUUACAUCGUGCGGGAGCUCCCUGGCCGAGGCAAGGGUGUGGUGGCGACACGCGACAUCGCAAAACUCGAGGUCAUCCACAUCGGGUACCCGGCCAUCGUGGCGCAGAUGGACUACACGCACCUUCUGAGCAAGGAGCAGGCGGCGGUGAUGCUGGAGAAAGCCGUGGGGCAGCUGCCUGCCGAACGGCAAGAAGAGAUCUGGGCGCUGGCGAGGAGCACGGGUGCGGCGGACCCGAUGACGGAUAUACUCAAGACGAAUAUCUUUGGGCUCGAGGUGGACGGUGUGUCACACAUGGGACUAUACCCGGAGGGCUCGGAGGCUGUGGCACACGUACUAAAUGGAACGGGCAGCACGUUUUGGCGCUCGUCGCCACGCACCCUCACCAUGGAGGUUGUCGCUAUGCGGGACAUCAAGGCCGGGGAAGAGAUCGUCCAUUCGUACGCCCCUCUUGGCAGCCCUUACGAAGAGCGCAAGAUGGUCCUGCACCAGUGGGGCUUCACCUGCUCCUGCGCCCUCUGCUCGCUGCCGCCGUCGGAGCGCGCCCGCUCGGACGACCGCCGCAACCGCAUCUGGGAGGUGUACGCGGACCUGACCAACUCGGCCGCGGCCUUGGGUAGGAAGGUCGUCGACGAGCGUGUCGAUGAGCUCAUGUACCUGGUGGACCGGGAGGGGCUCUGGCCGCAGCUCGUCGAAUACUACCAGGUCGCGGCGCGGGCCUACACCGCCCUGCGGGAGUAUGAUGUCGCGAGGGAGUAUGCGGAGAAGGCCGAGGCCACGUGGAUCGAGUAUGGGGGUGUGGACCAUGACGGUGCGGAGGACAUCCGGCAGCUAUGGGAAGAUCUACGGAGGGCCGAGAGAGGGGAAGCGUCCCAGGACGAUGUUUCCGAUGUCGAUCUCGAUGAUUUGGUGGAUUGA